GGAAGCUCCGAUUUAACUUGGCAAACGGAGCUCUACCGAAAUUUCUACCUGUGCAAAAUGCCUGUGAGCUUUUUCCUGGUUUUCUUUCAUUCAACUAAAAGUAACCAUGGCUUCCGAAAAGCAGAAGAUGUUAUCUGGACAACUGUACUGUCCUUAUGAUUCCGAAUUGGAUGCUGACCGUGACCGGGCUGCUGAAUUGCAGGAGAAACUCAAUGUCAUUCCCGAUGCCGAAUCUCGAAGAGAGGUAGUGCUGCAGUUAUUAGGUCAUGUCGGUAAAAACUCCAAUGUGCGUCCCACGUUCCGCUGCGAUUACGGUUACAACAUUUCCUUGGGCGACGAUGUCGAUAUCAACUUUGACUGUGUGUUCCUCGACGUUGGAAAAAUUACCAUCGGUGAUCGCUCCGUAUUCGGACCUGGCGUCCAUAUUUAUGCUGUCAACCAUCCAUUGGACCCUGAAGAGCGAAAGAAACAACUAGAGUAUGGUAAAGACGUCAAGAUCGGUACCGAUUGCUGGAUUGGUGGUCGUGUUACUAUCUGUCCUGGUGUGACCAUUGGCAACGGUGUUACGGUUGGAGCCGGUGCUGUGGUGACCAAGGAUAUCCCGGACAAUGUCGUAGCAUUCGGCAAUCCUGCCAAAGUGGUCAAAUCCGUCGUCGAUAACUAAGAACGAGACAUGACUUGCAGACAAAACAUGCAAUCCAGAUAGAAUAUCCAAAGGAUAGACAAGAUUUGUUAUCAGAGCACGCCGUGUCAUUUACAGACACAUCCAUUGUGUUUUGUACUCUUUCCCGCCCAUGAUGCAUGAAUAUCGCUGUGUCACAUCGGAUUUCCUUCUUUCUGUUGCCUCAACCAAGAUAUUCUACAGUUACGUAAUAAAUCCAUCAUCUCUUUAGAGGUCACAUAACUGCAAUCCAUUAUUUUUUGGGGGGAGGAUAUGCACAGACGAGAACCU